GACUGCGGUCCUGCGGCUAACAGGACUCACUGACGCUUUUUUAUUCCCGCACUGUAGAUUUUCCACCAAAGACCCACUGGAUUGGACCGAGUCUCUCAUUUUAACAAGUUUUCUUAUAAUUUAACAUUUUAAACAUUCCCAGCUGUUUUCAGUCGGAUCCGGUUUUUAUUGCCACAUUAUUAUUUUUUGGUCACUUUUUCCUUUCUAUUCCGGUUGGAUUUACAAAGGGCGUGUUUGGGCGAUCUGUACCGGGAGUUUCAUCUCCUGUACUUGUGCGACUCUGAGGAAUGACAGCAACUGGAAAAGAACUGCGAUCCGCCUGAAUGGAAACAAUGGAUUAUAAGGAGCUUGGACAUAAUUUCGAGGAGAAGCUGACACUAACAGAAAAAAGUGACUCUGCCCCUGCAGACAGAGUCCAUCCAGAAUGGGGACAAGUCUUUGGGGAAGGACCCUCAAACUUCAGAUGACUCAGCCAUCACAGACCUCUCUCCUAAAACAGACUCCAGCCCCCAAACAGAGACUCCCACCAAGACAGAUGCCUCCUCCAAGACAGAUGUCAGGCCCUCCACCCCGGGCACCAGCAGCAGCCCUCAGCCCAAGAAAGAUUCGAUGAGCUCAGAGCAACGACAGAAACUUGCCAAGGAGCGGAGGGAGGAACGAGCCAGAUAUAUCGAACAGCAAACUCAGCUGCAAGCGGCGAAGAAGGCCCAGUGGCUGGAGAAGGAGGAGAAGGCCCGACGCCUGAGGGACAGCCAGCUGGAGGAGCGCAGGAGGAAGCUGGAGGAGCAGAGGCUGAAGGCUGAGAAACGCAGAGCUCUGCUGGAGGAGAAACAGAGACAGAAACUAGAAAAGAACAAGGAGAGAUAUGAGGCAGCUAUCAAGAGGUCGACAAAGAAGACGUGGGCCGAGAUCCGCCAGCAGAGGUGGUCCUGGGCGGGCGGACUCAACCAGACCUCCCGCAGAGAAAGCAGAUGCUCGGCCUCCACGGUCAACUUGCCGAGACAGGUGGACCCUGUCAUUAACAACAGGCUGUCCAAGUCCUCUGCCACGCUCUGGAACUCCCCCAACAGAACCCGCAGCCUGCGUCUGAGCCCGUGGGAGAGCCGGAUCGUGGAGCGGCUCAUGACACCGACGCUGUCCUUCUUGGCCCGCAGUCGCAGCGCCACCACCCUCCUGAACAACAGCGACUCUCACUCUCACCACUGCUCCCGUUCAGCCUCUGCCAGCCCGCUGAACGCCUGCUCCCAUCACCACCCGCACCAGAACGCCACCGAGCGCUGGAGGGUCUCCUCCGCCAGCACGCCGGACAUCACCCAGCGCCAGCGCCGACGAAACUCCACACCGGUGGACAAAAAGAAGAAAGAGAAGAAAGACAAGGAGAGGGAGAACGAAAAAGAGAAGAACGCUCUCGCAAAAGUGCAGAAGAAGAGACAGACUACAUCACUCACCACCACGACCCAGAGAUCCAGGCCAGAGAUCAGUACCCCGAAGCCCAGAAACAGACCUCCAUCACCUGCCGCCCCCAAAAGUCGGCCCUUGUCCCCCCUGGUGCCAGCAGCAGCCUCCAAGACCCCGACGGGCAAGAAGACACCUCCUCCUGGCACCAAGACCCGGCCCAAACGAGCCCAGACGCCCGCCAGGGUACAGCCCCAGACGGUCACUGCGGUCGCUGUGGAAACAGGCCACGAACCCCAGCAGCCUGACACUCCAGAGGAGAAAAAGAACUCCAGUAAUGUUCCUGCCAUCGUGGUGUCUUCUGCACCUCUUACACCUCCUUCCCUUAGCACACCGGUUGUAUCAGCGGCCUCUCCAGCGGUGCCAGACAUAGAGCUGGCUGCCUCAGCUGCUUCUCCUGUUCCAGCCUCCACUAGUAAACCUGCUCCUUCUGCUACACCCACCGCCGCCACUGCUGCCUCCACCCCGGCUGCACCGGCCAGCAAGCCAUCAGCCGGCACCAACAACCCGGAGGAGGCUGCUCGCGUCCUGGCAGAGAAACGCAGACAAGCCCGAGAGCAGCGGGAGAGAGAGGAGCAGGAGCGUCUGGAGCAGGAGCACAAGAACAGGAUCCUUCGGGAGGAGGCGAUGGCCCGGGACGCAGAGGAGAGGAAGCGCAGAGAGGAGGAGGCUCGAUUCAUGGCCGAGCAGCAGCGUAUGAGGGACGAAGCCCAGCAAGCCGAGGAGGAGAAGGAGGCGCAGGAGAGAGCCAAAGCCGAGCAGGAGGAGAACGAGAGGCUGCAGAGACAGAGGGAGGAGGCUGAAGCCAAAGCUCGUGAGGAGGCCGAGCGUCAGCGCCUGGAGAGGGAGAAACACUUCCAGAAAGAAGAGCAGGAGCGGCUGGAGAGGAAGAAGCGCCUUGAGGAAAUCAUGAAGAGGACUCGGAAAAGUGAUGCAGGAGAUAAGAAGGAUGUCAAAGCCUCUCCACAGGUCAACGGCAAAGACACAGAGCUCAGUAAGGCUGGAAACCUGCAGAGUCCCAAUGCGGCAGUCCUCAGCCCGUCACAAAGUGUGUCUGGUCCUGUUGUAAACGGCGUCCAGCCCGCCGCUCACCAGAACGGCAUCUCAGCCAACGGAGAGGCAGCUGACUUCGAGGAGAUCAUGCAGCUGAACAACGGCGGUAACCCGGCGCAGACUCAGAGCGGGCUGGUCAGCGAGCCGAUCCUGGCGUUCGAGGGUGGAGAGCCCUUCCUCAUGAAAACAGGCCCCAUGAAGCCUCAGCAUGUCGCAGAGGUCCUGUGAGUUCCCACACAUCCAUGGAGCCUUAUGUCUCAGCUUGAGCUAUGAGAUUCAUGCCACGCCACAGCGGCUUAUAAAAGUAGUGUGCCAAACAAACAAUGAACUGCGCUGAAUUCACAUCUACAGUAUCUCCCGCAGAGGAUGAAAGAGGAGGAGCAAAACUCUCAUCUGAAAUAUAAAAAAAAAUGCAACAACAAGUAUUCUCUGCCUUCACCGCGUGUUAUGGUGCAGCAUUUGUCGAGUUUUAUUGAAAUGUCACAUCCAGAUUUUAUGGUGCACCUUAAAGAAGACUGACUGUGUAACAAAUUUUAGAAAAUACAGUAUAAACCCCUGGAAAUACAUAAUAUUUGACAAUGGUUGUUAUUAUUACCGUCGUUACGAUAUUGUUGUUGUUAUCUUAAGUUGAACAGUGUGUGUGUGUGUUUUUGUUGUUUUUGUCUUGAAUUACUGAGUUAUUUAACAUGGGGAGCAUUGUAAGGACUGGCCACAGACAGUGUAUGUAAAUGUAUAAUGAGCCUGGCUGCCUAGGCCUCCUGUUACAGGGGAUCUGUGAAAUAAAGCUUUAUGAAAGGGA